AUGUUUACGAAAGCCAAAGAUACCACCAAAUCAUUUUAUCGACAUAGCUUAGACUCUAAACGUUCUUCAGAUUCAUUCAGUAGUAAAAAACUUAGUCUUGACUCGGCGUUCAGUGCCGAUGGCUUAUCCGACUCGCAAAGACCCGGUAGUCUUGCAUUGGCUUGUGAAUUAGGAUUAGCGAGCAAGAAAAAGAACGAUGAAUUUCAUCAUAUCUUUAAAAGUGUACCCGAGUAUGAUGUAUUGAUUGAAGAUUAUAAAUGUGCUUUACAGAAAGAUAUUUUGUUACAAGGCCAUUUGUUUGUGUCUGAACACCAUGUUUGCUUUAAAAGUAAUAUUUUUGGCUGGGUGACUAAUCUUGUGAUCCAUUUUGAUGAAAUUGUGCGAGUAGAGAAGCGGAUGACAGCUAAAGUCAUACCCAAUGGUAUUUUGAUUGCUACCCAUACAUCCACACAUAUCUUUGCUUCUUUUCUUUCACGUGAUCAAGCUUAUGAUCAAAUCAUGAAAAUGUGGGUUUAUAACACAAAGAGUAUGCCUCAAGAAGACACUUUAUCAGACACGACAGUUCCUUUUGAACCCUCACCGAUUGAAGCCAUACCCAACCAUCCAUUCAGGACUCGUCCUCGGUCUGUCUCUGACUCAGUCACACGUGAUCAUCAGAAUGCACCUACCAUUGAAUCCUUUUUUAACAUGAAAGAGGCAACUGUCCAAAAAGAAGAACCAGAAAAGAAAAAAAGACAGGGCUGCCCUUGCCAUGUUGACCAUGAUGCCCAUGUUGCUCUUGACCAGACGUAUGAUGGUACUGUUGAAAGUAUGUUUAAACGCUUGUUUGAUAGUCGAUUGAUCAAGGACUUUUUGGAGAGAUAUGAGCAUUAUGAAGAUAUUGAAUUAAGCCCUUGGAGACAUGGUCAUCGACAGAUCAUGGGCAAAAAGAGAAUCAAGAGUUCAAAUACAUUAGGGGCUAAACUGGUCAAAGUACUCUGUCAACAGAAAAGAGAAUAUAGAAAAUACCCCUAUUAUUGUUGUGUGACAGCUAAGAUAUCCAUGCCAGAUAUGCCGAUGGGUGCCGUUUAUUCCAUCCAAUCACGUACUUGCAUUACUCGAUCUAGUGAAAACAAGGUUCAUGUCUAUGUUACAUUUCAAAUCGUCUUUUCAAAAAGUGGCCUUGUGAGUUCCAUCAUUGAAAAGAAUGUAGCUCAAGAUCAAUUCAGGCUGUAUCAACAAUUGAAUGCAAUGCUUCAGCAAGAGAUCAUACAGCCUACACCUUCAUUUAAGCUAGGCCAUUUUGUCUCGAUUGGCAUCCUCGUCCUCUUACUCACACACUGUGUGUUAGUGAUACGCAUGCAACGUAUUUCAGAUUAUCUGCAGGCAGUGGAACCUCAUCCAUUUCAGCAGAACCUGGAUCAUGCCUAUCAACGCCUGAACCAGCUAAGCCAUCAAAUAGAAGUGGAUGAACGUUUAUUACAGAAAAAGAAACAAGUCAUGUGA